UUCAAAAAUAUUCAGCGGAUGUUAGCAGUUUUCAUCUGAACAGUUUGCAAGAUCAUCAUUUUAAAUCUGGUCACAUUGAAUUGGAGCAAAGCCUGUCAAAUGGUGCUGACGAUAAUUUUCUAAAACUUGCUUUUUCCAUUUCACGGAAGAAAAAUUUGCACAGAACGUUACAGAAAACGACUGUCCACACUUUUGUAUCUAACGUAAUGGAAUAGCUCUUAGUCGAGCUCGUUUCUAUGUCGGAUACACAAACUACGGGCCAGGAGGCCAUGACUGAACAAAGAAGGCCGUUUUUCUAUCCUGACAGCAGUAGUGAUACUGAAGAGUACAGAAGAGACAACGAGGAGAGGCGUAAGAGGCUUUCCAAACGCAACGGGCCUUUAAGAACCAGGAUACCGUCGGCAAAUAUGCCCCCAAAGAACUUAUCACCAAACCAGCCUACUCCCUCAACUUCAUCCGCGCAGGAUCCUCCCAAAAACGGUCAGAAGGCACAAAACCAGCUCUGUGACGAUCGUAUAACCUUGGUUGUUGAUAACACAAGAUUCGUCGUCGAUCCUGCUCAAUUUACUGCACAUCCCAACACCAUGUUGGGAAGAAUGUUUAGUUCAGGUCUUGAAUUUACCCAUCCAAACGAACGUGGCGAGUACGAAGUCGCUGAAGGUAUAUCAGCAACAGUCUUCAGAGCAAUACUGGAGUAUUACCGUGGAGGCACCAUCCGAUGUCCACCUACAGUGUCCGUACAGGAACUGAGGGAAGCUUGCGAUUAUUUGCUGGUGCCAUUUGACGCUAACACUGUCAGAUGCCAGAAUCUCCGAGGCCUUCUCCACGAGCUAUCAAACGAAGGAGCUCGUCGUCAGUUCGAGUCUUUCCUCGAGAGACUCAUCCUGCCCCUCAUGGUGGUGUCGGCUGAGAUAGGGGACAGGGAGUGUCACGUCGUGGUACUCCUGGACGAUGACACCGUAGACUGGGACGAGCAGUAUCCCCCCCAAAUGGGAGAUGAAUACAGUCAGACAGUUUGUUCCACUCCACUGUAUAGGUUUUUCAAAUAUAUCGAGAACAGAGAUGUAGCAAAACAAGUAAUGAAAGAGCGUGGUCUCAAAAAGAUCCGCCUCGGCGUUGAGGGUUACCCGACAUACAAGGAAAAAGUCCGCAAAAGACCAGGUGGCCGCGCCGAAGUCAUAUACAACUACGUCCAACGGCCUUUCAUUCAUAUGUCAUGGGAAAAGGAAGAAGCAAAGAGUCGCCAUGUUGACUUUCAAUGCUUCAAAUCGAAAUCUGUCACAAACCUGGCCGAAGCCACUGCUGAUCCUGUUAUAGAGCUGGAACCGAACAGAUUGAGAGAGGAGGAGGUUGCUGACGCACCUCCAGAGGUACCUGGCGAGGAGGAGGUACAGUGAUCAGGGCUCCGCUCGAAAAGAGCGGUCGCGGGACUUUUGGCUUUCUUUUGUCUUGUUUAGAUAAUUGUCUAUGGUUCAAUGUUACGAGCUUUACACACGGAACGCGGCGCGGUAUUCGUAUAAAAUUAAUUGUAUUUAUAAAGAGUUCGCUUCUUGUGUAGAGCUCAUUGGGAUAAGGCAAUUGGUUCACUUCCCAGUUGAACCAAUUUCGGUGGUAACUAACUCAUCAGUGUGUUGAACACAGCCGUCCCUGAAAUUUUCCAUAGAUUUGUUAUAAUUACCACGAUUAAUUGUUAAUCGCUGUGUAUGUAUCAUGUAAAUGUAAAGGAUUGUACACACCGAACGCUGCGCGGUUCCCUUGUAUUUGAGAAUACAAAUAUAUUGAAUGAAUAUUGAACAUCGGAAUAAGUCGGAAACCGCGAAUAUUACCGAACUUUGUUGCCGCGUUUAUUGACCGUCAGUUAUUUAUUUAUUUUUAUUUUUUUUUAAUCUUUAUUUCAUAGGUAAACAUUAUUACACUUAAAAUCGACACAAUGGUUAAACUCUACCGCUCAUUCGUAAGGCAGAUUCCCCU